AUGUGCCAAUACAACUACCACCACUACAUCCACUGCGGCCACAUCGCCAACUUCACCAUCGACACCUGCAUCGAUAUCACCAACUUACUGCGCCAGCCCAAUUCAACAACUACGAAUAGAUCGUGUACUCGAAUCGACAUCGCCCACGACCUGUUACCUUCUUCCCAUCCAACGCUGUGUCUGCAGUGCGAGAACGACUGGAAGACCAAGAUGGACUCACCACAACCACAGCAGAAAUACAUCCCGCUAGAGGGAACCACGACAUCAAAUCCUGUCACCAUGCAGGUGAAUAUGGAGAUGGUAAGGAAAGAGCCUGAAUGUGAGUUUGCGCUGUUGCUUGAGGAUGAUGAUAAGUCUGAGCAGGAUGCUUCAUUUCAGGAUGAAGAUGAAGAGAUUAAAGACAAGGUAUCACUCUACGAAUCCUUCCACACAUACGGACUCGAUGCCCCAGUCCCUAAAACCUACGUUCACUGGGAUGACAAGCACAGGGUCCCCGAAUCAUCAUCUUCAUCCAACAAUCUAUCCACCAAUCCAUCUACCAACUCUACAUCCUCUUCAGCUGAAUGGGCAGUCUCAUGCAAAGAUAACUGGCGAACAGCAGAGGAUCGAACGCCAACGCCAUCUCCCCCGGAAGAGACGGUUCUUGCUUCUUCGCCAUAUGAAUGCUCCCUCAUCUAUCCCAGUGAUGAUAAACUCGAUGAGGAUUUCUACGACGCAAGUGGCUAUCAUGCCGACGACGAAGAAGAUCUCUCCGCAGAACUCUACUCAGCGUGCUUGUCCCUCAUUAUCAAGAUCCAAUCUGAUAAACGCGGUCGUCGGCCAGCGCCAGCAGCUAAACCAAAGUUGAAUUGGUUCCCUUUCUUCAGUGGCAUUCAUGCAAAUGCAGAGGAAGACACCGCUUCUGAUAGUGAGGAGUUCUACGAUAUGGGUCUUUCUGUUGCAUCGGGCGCUGACAAGAAUCAGUUACGAGAGGAGUAUUGGGCUGCUGUUGAUGCAUUGGAGGGUGAGGAUGAAGAUGAAGAUGGGGAUGAACUGGAGGAACGAGUUGAGGAUGCGAGAUAUCAGUUUACGUGGAGGAGUGUGCGGGAUAUGUUUUAUAGGGCUUUUAGAGGUACUCAGUAG